AUAUAUGUCCUUCCUCUUUUAAGUGAUAGAAGCUUGGUGUAGAGAGAGGUUACAUUACCAUCAAAACUCUACAGAGAAAGAGAGAGAAGGAGCAAUGGAGGUUUUUUACUAUUUGGUUUUUGGAGGAUUGGGGGCUGUAGUUGCACUACUGGAGCUAAGCAAGUCAACCAAAGACCGAAUCAACACUUCUCCUGCUUUCAAUUCCUUCAAGAACAAUUACCUUGUUGUUUACUCUCUUAUGAUGGCUGGGGACUGGUUGCAGGGUCCAUAUGUGUACUUCCUCUACAGCCAGUAUGGUUUUGGGAAAGGAGAGAUUGGACAGCUUUUUAUUGCUGGAUUUGGGUCCUCAAUGUUGUUUGGGACAAUUGUUGGCUCUUUAGCUGACAAACAGGGUCGGAAGAGGGCAUGCAUUACUUAUUGCAUAACAUACAUACUUAGCUGUAUUACCAAGCAUUCUCCUCAGUACAGAGUUUUGAUGGUAGGCCGUGUUUUGGGAGGUAUUGCCACUUCUCUACUAUUUUCAGCUUUUGAGUCAUGGCUAGUUGCAGAGCACAACAAGAGGGGCUUUGAUCAACAAUGGCUAUCCCUAACUUUCUCAAAGGCAAUAUUUCUGGGAAAUGGUCUUGUUGCUAUUUUGUCUGGACUGUUUGGAAACCUUCUUGUAGAUUCAUUUGCCCUUGGGCCUGUGGCUCCCUUUGAUGCUGCUGCAUGCUUUCUUGCAAUCGGAAUGGCCAUUAUUUUAUCAUCAUGGACCGAGAAUUAUGGAGACGCUUCAGAGAGCAAGGACUUGUUUACCCAAUUCAGGGGUGCUGCUGUGGCCAUUGCUUCUGAUGAGAAAAUUGCUUUGCUUGGUGCCAUUCAGUCGCUGUUUGAAGGCUCUAUGUAUACCUUUGUUUUCCUUUGGACACCUGCUUUGAGCCCAAAUGAAGAGGAUAUUCCUCAUGGUUUUAUUUUUGCAACAUUCAUGUUGGCAUCAAUGUUGGGAAGCUCCCUUGCAUCUCGAUUGAUGGCUCGCUCAUCAUCCAGGGUAGAAAGCUACAUGCAGAUUGUUUUUGUUAUCUCCUCUAUCUCUCUUACGCUUCCUGUUGCAACCAAUUUCUUACCUUUGCCUUCUGGAGUGAAAGGUGGAGGUAUCUCAAUUUCAGGUUGUAUCCAGCUUCUUGGUUUCUGUACCUUUGAGGCAUGUGUUGGGAUAUUCUGGCCAUCAAUUAUGAAGAUGAGAUCCCAGUAUAUUCCUGAGGAGGCCAGAAGCACUAUUAUGAACUUCUUCCGCAUUCCUCUGAAUAUCUUCGUCUGCAUCGUUUUGUACAAUGUUAAUGCAUUCCCUAUCACCAUUAUGUUCGGCAUGUGCUCGAUUUUCCUCUUUGUGGCAUCUAUCUUGCAGAGGCGGCUCAUGCAGAUUGCAGAUAAGCCAAAGACAGAAGAUUGGGCAGCAAGGGAAAAGGACACUGAAGCGGAGCCAUUGAAUAUUUGAUUGGCAUGAGCUUAAAAAACCGGGAUUUUUAGAAACAAUCACAGUAAUUCUAUACAUUUGUCCGGUUCUGUUUGAAUUGGGAUUCAUUUAUAGGGGGGAAAGAAACAAAAACGCAGGUUUUCUUUACAAAUCAGGAAAGGAAAAGCUGCUUGCGCCACUAUUGUGAUUCUUUUUAUGGCUGUCUUUAGUUUCGAAAGUAAGUGUAUCAAUGAGUCCUUUGUAGGAAAUGUCUACAGAGUAAAUGAGUAAUUCAUGUUAUUCUUUUCUUUUUCUGAGCCAAGUCUUAUAGAUUUGUACCAGAGUAGUAACUGCCAAGUGAUCUAUUACAAUUUUCUCCAUUAGCUUACUUCUAUGACUGACAAAUGCUCCAAUGAUUUGCAAGUGUAUCCUACUUUAUAACCUGUAACACCAUAACUUGUUGCGAUGUAAGAUUUGAAGCGCUUAAAUGGUUUAACUCUUA